CCACCGCCCGCGGCGGCGGGCGCAUGCGCAGCCCUCCAACGGCGAGGCUUGCGGGAAAGAUGGAGUGUCCCACGCCUGGUGCUACUGAGGCUGCGGAGCCUGGAGGGGCCGGACCGAACAACAGCUCCGAGGAGCAGGAGGGUCGGGAACCGGACGCAGUGCGCUUCGACCGCGAGGGGGCGCGCCUCCUGUUGGCAGCUGUGUCCGGCGCGCAGCCGGCGGGGAGGGAGGAAGUGGAGCACAUGAUCCAGAAGAACCAGUGUCUCUUCACCAGCACCCAGUGCAAAGUUUGCUGUGCCAUGCUGAUUUCUGAGUCCCAGAAGCUGGCACAUUAUCAGAGCAAAAAACAUGCCAACAAAGUGAAAAGAUACCUAGCAAUCCAUGGAAUGGAGACCCCAAAGGGGGACGUGAAGAAGCUAGACUCAGAUCAGAAGAGCAGCAGAAGCAAAGACAAGAACCACUGCUGCCCCGUCUGUAACAUGACCUUUUCCUCCCCUGUGGUGGCACAGUCGCACUACCUGGGGAAGACCCACGCCAGGAACUUAAAGCUGAAGCAGCAGUCCACUAAGGGGGCAGCUCUGUCGAAACACCUUACAAACCCUUUCCUUGUGGCCUCCACCUUAGCCUUGCACCAGAGUAGAGAGAUGCUAGACCCAGACAAAUUCUGCAGCCUCUGCCAUUCAACCUUCAACGACCCUGCCAUGGCUCAGCAACAUUAUAUGGGCAAGAGACACAGGAAGCAGGAGACUAAGCUCAAACUCAUGGCGCACUAUGGGCGGCUGGCGGACCCUGCUGUCUCUGACUUACCAGCUGGGAAGGGCUACCCCUGCAAGACCUGUAAGAUAGUGCUGAACUCCAUAGAACAGUACCAAGCUCACGUCAGUGGCUUCAAACACAAGAACCAGUCACCCAAAACCGUGGUGUCACCCAUGAGCCAGAUGCCAGUGCAAACACAACCCACUCCAAAGGACUCAAGUGUGGCAGAAGACUAAGGUGUUUCUGCCUGCUCAGCCUAUUGGGACAGCCACAAGUCAGUUCCCGGCGGCUCCCUCCUUUCUCAUAUUACAAGAGUAUGGAGGCUGAGGCCAAAUUGGGCUGCAGACAGCCUCUGACUGGGCCGGAGUGAGGCUCCUCCUGCCCGCCUCUUGAAUGUGACCCUACAUGUCAUGUCAUGAUAGAGGAGACAGGGCUCUUGAAAAGGCCUGAGGAGGUGUCUGUCCUGCAGUGCUAUCGUCUGUCUUUCUUCUCAGGGUCAGUUUGGAGCAAGUCCCUGCAGGUAAAGGAGAGCACCACCCUGGGCUCUGGACAGCUCCUGGGAAGGCUGCAGCUGCCCUGAGGGCUUCAUCAGGGCAGCAGACUGCAGACUGCAGUGGCUGCCAUGCAGUGUGCAGGCUUGCCUGGUGUAGAUCCUGCCACCGUGAAGUCUCCUGGAACCCACAGUCCUCACAGCACUGCCAUCUGCUGCCAUCUCUCCAGUUCCCAAAUGGUGCUCGCAGGCAUCUCCAGUAGCCAGGACCUGAGGCCUGAGUGCCCAGUGGGACCCUGGGAAGCACCCCGGGGGCUCCUGUCCUCCAUCAGAGGUCCUCUGUCCCGGUCUGUGAGAAAGCCUCCCGCCUGCUAUGUUCCUUAGUUCUGUGCCCUUGUGUAGUAGACUAUCCCACCCAGGCUGCUGUGGGCUGUCCUACCCUCAUCAUCCUCAAGGAGAUUUGGGGGGCCCAGGAAAGAGGACUGGAGAACUGGUGUGAGGAAAAGGCCCAGGCCUGAACUCAAGAGUUUCCUGCUGCUGUUCUGUGACUGGAGAAUCCACUAGGAGUGGAUUUUUUCACAUAGCUGUGGAGCAAGGAUUCUAGAAGUAUCCCUAAAGGCUCCACUUGUUAAUGCAGUUGGGUACCACAGAGGGGUGGAGGUAGGUCUUAUAAACCCCUGGGCACUCAGCCAUCCAAAUAAAGACUUUGUUCCGUGAGCCAGGCUGUAACUUCAGACCCAGGAUUUAUAGCCAGCCAUGUUGAUGCUGCUAUCCUCACACCAUCAGCUG